AUGCGCUCCCUGGCUGGCCCGGGGUGGACGGACAGGAUGGUCUUCCUGCACUCCCGGCUUGGGUUCUUCGAUAUUCGAAACGAGACCGAUCACCCGCACACAAUCCUUACUCCUGGAAGGAUAGCCGCUGCUCGAACCAAGGUUUCCGAUAUGGUCAGGGUUCCCUCAAACCGUCAUUGCAGGCUCAGUUCCUUGCACUCCGGAAGGCAAGGGACGGGGGCCGCAGGAAUCCAUGUUCAAGUCUUCCCGAUCUUGCAGAAACCAAGACAUCGAGUUUCAUCUUGGAAAUCCGAAUCUCGUACGUAA